UAAGCUAGUCAAUAUCUUUGAUUGAAGUUGCGAGUACAAGCAGCACGUUAUUGAUGCACAAAUGAGGAUGGUUAUGUCUACGUGAGCAUGACACGGAUAGGAUCCGUGUCGGCCACUCCCCCGUUCCAUUCGUGGUUCUUUGAGACUUCUUUGAAACCGCUCAAAAGCUACCUGGAAACAGAUACCCCCCUGUUCCCACUCAACGUCUAUCCAUGACCUACAGUUUCAGCGGCCCUUCAUCAAGCCGCACACUUAUCAAGAAAGUCGAAUCUCCUUACACCCCGCGAGAAGUCAUUCAAUGGCUAGAAUCUAUAGGAUACAGACAUGAACUCACGGAAUCUGACAUAGCUUCUGGGAGAUUCCAGACAACCCUCGAGAACCUUCAUGUGCUCAAUCGUUUGCACCUCGUCGCAUUCCCCUUCGAGAACUGCGAUAUGCAUUACACAUCAGACCAUUCCAUGGAUGUGACACCUCAGGGUAUGUUUCGAUGCGCCAUACUUCGCGGAAGAGGGUCGUACAGCUUUGGGCUCAAUACGCUAUUUCUCGGAAUGCUGAGGGGGCUAGGAUAUCGUGCGUACGCAGGGUCCGCUCGAGUUAACGAAUCAAGUCCGCGGAAACUAGGUCCUUUAUCGCACAUGAUCUUGCUAGUCCAACCAGACUCCGAGACCCAUUUUCAACCAGUUUGCCUCGUCGAUGUAGGGUUUGGUGGGACAUGUCUUACGAGGCCGAUCUAUCUUCGUGACUGUGCCAUUGUGAUGGGAGCGACAUCCUCAGAAAAACAUCGAUUGAUUCGGGCCCCACAUCCUUCGUCGAGCAUGGACAGCCAAGAUUCCGCCUUACUAUGGCAUCUUCAAAUAUCUCGAUCCGGCAAGUCCGAGUCAUCAUGGAAGACUUUAUAUGCAUUCUCAGAAAGCGAGUCCUUCCCAGAGGACUUCAUGAGGGCAUCAGUCUAUAUUUCACAGAUACCGAGCGAAAGUAUUUUUUGGAAGAAUCUCAUUUGUGUCAGGUACUUUGUCGUCGAUGGAGAAGAGCAAAGGCGGUUAGGACUCGAAUCAAGGGCAAAGGAUGUGCAUCUUGGGAAGUAUAUCCUCUUUGGCAACGAGAUUCGAAGGUCGGUGGGCAGCUGUCAGCAAGUGCUUCAAACAUUCAGAAGCGAAGAGGAUCGAAUACAGGCGUUGAGAGAUUAUUUUGGAUUCGAUAUUGAUGACAAAGCUGUGUGCAACAUUGUAGGACGAGCCGCUGCUCUUGCAGCGUGCACAGCAAAAGCCAAAUGCAAUGUACAAUAAAACAGCCUGAAAACUGAUAUCAGUAGAAAUAUUCGAGAAAACGGCAGUACAGUCAAGUGCAGCAAGCACUUGGGAGGGCGUACUGCAGGCAGGUGGAUAUUUAUCCUAUGUGCACACACUUGGUCAAAUCAUACCGAUGCCACCAAUCAACGAGAAUAUCCUAAAAGCGGCCUUCACAGGCGUAGCGACGCGUCAGUCGUAGCAACUAGGUCGUGGAAGGAAGGAAAAAUAGGACGCAAAGGGACUUCGUAAGAGCGAUG